UCUGAUAUGAAAGCAUUACAACUUCAUGUACAGAUAAAAAACACACAUCUGCAGCUAUAAAGAUACGAUUUUUCGGUUGAUGCUGAGGAUACUAACAGUUUUAUCCAUGAACCUUUCAUGAGAACAAGAACAAUACCACAAGACUGAUUUUUAUAUUUUUAAUAGAAACGUGUUUAUAGGUGUGAAGUCACUUGUAAAUUUUCUGCAUUAGUUUGAAGGUUUGCAAGUUAGCAGUUUUCCAAGUUUGGUUGAGUAAAUUAACCCACAUGGACAAAGAUUCAUUUACUAAAGUGUGUAUGCAGAUGAAGUACGGGAAGGAUGUGCGGGGGCUUUUUUCACACAGUUAAGGAGGGAAUGGUCACUCCCACAGCUCAAAAAGAAACACACACUGUCACUCAGUCAAAACAUUUGCUGAAGGGAUACUUGCAAAGAUCAGCAUUCAAAGGACCCCACAGACAAAGAGCACACUGGGAAAUAGAGAUUUACAGAUUUUUGUUGAAUCUGUAGAACAUAUGGAAGGAUGGAAAGAAUUGACCGGUCACCAGUGAAGUAUGCUGUGCACAGGGAUGUCCUGGAUGAGUUGGGACUGGAAGAAGUGGCUCAAAAAGGGACGUGGUCCAUUAAACCAACUGUGGGAGAAAAAUUGAAGGAGUCACUGAGGUGUUCGGUGCCAUCGCUGAAGCACAUACUUCUGACCUGGAUUCCUAUUCUCAGCUGGCUGCCCAAAUACUCUUUCAGAGAAAAUAUCUUGGGAGAUGUGGUGUCCGGCUGCAGUGUGGGCAUCAUGCACCUUCCCCAGGGUAUGGCGUAUGCUCUUCUGGCUUCGUUACGCCCUGUCUAUGGUCUUUAUACUUCUCUUUUUCCGGUGCUCGUCUACGUGGUCUUUGGUACUUCCAGACACGUCUCUAUAGGUACCUUUGCUGUAAUAAGCAUCAUGGUUGGGAGUGUGACAGAACGGCUGGCACCAGACGAGGCUUUUUAUUUUAAUGGAACCAAUGGUUCUCUGACUGUAAACAUUGAUGCCAGGGACGCAUACAGAGUACAGAUGGCGUGCUCUGUCACACUCCUGAGUGGGAUCUUUCAGAUUCUUUUAGGUGUGGUGAGAUUCGGUUUCGUGGCCACCUACCUGUCAGAGCCACUUGUUCGGGGUUACACUACAGGAGCUGCAUGCCAUGUGUGCGUCUCUCAGCUCAAAUACCUGUUUGGGGUGAAACCGGCUCGCUUCACAGGCCCGUUCUCACUUAUUUAUACUAUUGUGGACAUAUGCAGACUGCUGCCUCAGACUAGAGUGCCAGAGCUGGUGGUCAGCUUGGUGGCGCUGGCUGUUCUCAUUGUGGUCAAAGAAAUCAAUGCGUGCUACAGUAAAAAACUUCCCCUGCCUGUUCCUAUAGAGCUCAUAGUGGUAAUUGGAGCCACAAUCAUCAUUCACUUCUGUGGAGUGCGUGAGGACUACCUUAUUGAUGUAGUUGGAGAAAUUCCAAGUGGGCUUAAGGCUCCUCGGACUCCAGAUGUCACAUUUUUCUCACAGUUAAUUGGUGACGCCAUUGCUGUGGCCAUCGUAUCGUAUGCCAUCACCAUUUCCCUGGGCAAAACAUUUGCCCUCAAAUAUGGUUACAAGGUGGACAGCAACCAGGAGCUGAUUGCUGUGGGUUUAAGUAACACAAUUGGAAGUUUUUUUCAGUGUUACGCUGUGACGGCCUCAUUGUCUCGAAGCCUCGUCCAAGAGAGCACAGGCGGCAAUACACAAAUUGCUGGAGUGGUCUCCUCUCUCCUUAUGCUGAUCAUGGUUAUAAGAAUUGGUUCCCUCUUUGAAGAUCUUCCAAAGGCGGUUUUGUCAACAAUAGUGUUUGUAAAUUUAAAAGGCAUGUUUCGGCAGUUCAUGGAUGUCCCCCUUCUGUGGAAAACAAAUAAAGUCGACUUGCUCGUGUGGCUGGUAACCUUUAUAAGCACUGUCCUGUUCAACCUGGACCUGGGUCUGGCGUUGUCCGUCGGCUUUUCCAUGCUCACCUUCAUCUUCAAAACACAGCUACCUCACUACUCCAUCUUAGGCAAUGUUCCAAGCACUGACCUCUAUCUGGACACAGAGGCCUUUAAACAGGUUAAAGAGAUCCCAGGAAUUAAAAUCUUCCGUUCAUCUGCAACCAUCUGCUUCACCAACGCUGAGCUGUAUUUGGAGGCCCUUCAGCAGAGAAGUGGGCUUGAUGUUAGGAAGCUGCAGAUGGAAAAGAAGAAACGUGCAAAACAGGAAAAGAUGGCUAAAAAAGAGAAAGAUCUGCUUGAUCAUCCCUGCAAUUCCACAUCCUCCUCCAAAGUUUCCGAGCUGAAUAAGGAGAAGAACCUAAGUAUGCAUAAAGAUGUGGCUAUAUUCCUCACCAACACAUCUUCAAAUGGCUUUGGCCAUGUGAACAGUGCUUAUCAAUACGACGCAACAACAUCUGAGAUAGACUCAGGUUGCCAUGGUGAAAACAACCUCACCCCCAUUUCAUAUGAACAUGAGAAGGAUGGAAGGACCUGCAUGUCUGUCACUCACAGCAUCAUCUUGGACAUUUCCACAACUGGCUUUGUGGACACAGUCACAGUGAAGAUGCUGAAAAAUAUUUUCGGGGAUUUUGCGGAUGUUGAUGUGGACAUUUAUUUAGCCGGCUGCCAAGCAUGCGUAGUGGAACAGCUGGAGAAGGCGGCCUUCUUUGAAUCGAUUCCAAAGACCAGGCUGUUUGUCACAGUUCAUGAUGCAGUCCUUCACAUCCUAAGGAAGCUGGGGCAAACAGACAUCAUUCUUGAUGCUUCUUGCGACACCCAAAUGUGACCAGCAGGAGUCACUUAGCUUCAGACCAACCAGUCUUUCUUCCCUCUUUUUUUUUUGUGUUCACCAUCGGUUGCCCACUGUCUCCUCCCCUUUUUACUGAGGGAGAAGGCCCAACCUUGACAUGGCGGAUUGUUGCCAUGGAGACACAGGGAGCAGUUGCUAGGGCAACAGGCUUUUUAUGAUAUGGUCUAAUGAGAUGGCCAGCAAUACGUCAUUGCAGCUCUCGCUCUGUUGUGCGUGUGAGGCAGCGAAAGGGUGGGGGUUGAGUGGGAGAACGUAUCCCUGCACUAAUAGAAGUCUGUAUUUAUAGCACCUCAGAGAGUGGAGUGCAAGUCUGAGGGGAGAUGCAUAUUUUCACGUUAAACAGACACUUGUUCCCACCUAUGACUGCGUCUUUUGGUCACUUUAAUUCCAAAUGUCCCCUACAGUGGAAUAAAAGCUUUUCUAUAGCUGUGACCUUGACCUCCGGUCACAGCUUUUAGGUCCAACGUAACCCCGGAGCGCCGCAGUAAUCAGUGGAACGAAUGACGCAGUUUUUAUAUUUUUAGUGUGCAGAGACUUUUCCUAAAACUUGAGUGUGUACAUAACAUGCACACACAGUUUUUUUUUAUUAUUAUUAUUGUUUAAACCAUUAGGAGCUAAAUAUAGUUAAGGAAUGCACAACACUGACAUUAUACCUUUAAAUAACUUACUGGAAGCAUUUUAAUGUAUAUUUUCUAAACUAUUUAAAUGUAGUGCAUUCUUAGAGGGUCUAAACUAGGCUAGAUUUUCUGUGUGCUGUAUGUUUUGUGUAAGGCAGUUUCCUAAUCAAACAUAAUAUGCAGAAUAUAUUUGUGCUCCAGGAUCUUUGAGAAAUGACGAUAAAUCUGAUGAAAACUAGAGCUGUAAACCAAUAAAAAGGGGAUUAAAAGAGUGGACAUAUUUUUAACUUUAAAUAAUUAAAAAAAUGUAAAUAAAGGUCCAGAAAAGGUC